AUGGAUAUCAACAGCCUUGUGACCCGCACUGAGAAUCUAAGCACAGGGCGCCCCAACUUGGUGAUGACGGGAGGAAGAGGCAUCGCUAUGAUGCUAGGGAAGAUGAUGACUGAAAGCAAAAUCGCCAAAGCCAAGGCUACUGGAGCAGCAAAGUUUGCUUGGGGGAGGUAUGGAGAGGUAGGGGUGCAACCGGUUGAAUCAACCCACAACCUCUUCAUCUUUACCUUCGCAAGUGCUGAAAUCAGGGAGAAAGUCUGGUUAGAUAGGCCCUGGAGCCUAUCUAACACUCAAACGGCGCUGCAAAAAUGGAAUGGGAGAGGAUUACCAGAGGAAGUCAAUAUGGAUCGGCUGGCUUGCUGGGUGCAAAUCCAUGGUCUUCAUCAGUGCAUGAGAGUGGAAAGCAAUAUCAAAGACAUAGGUACUUACUACUUCCCCAAAUUUCUGGGUCUCGACAGGGGAGGGCUGGAGUUCAAUGGCUACAGGCUCUACUCAAGAGUGCUGGUGGAGCUCGAUUUAAAUGAACCUGUACCUGUGGGCUUCGAUUUCCCAUUCCUUGAUGAAAGCACCGGAGUUGAACACUGUGAAUGGAUCUCGUUCAAGUAUGAACGCCUUGUGGAGCUGUGCUACUUCUGUGGCUAUGUUGGGCAUAACUGGCCCACCUGUGCGCGCAUGGCGGAAGAGAGGAAGAGAGACCCAGAGGUUGGACUGUCGGAGAUCUACAAUGCGUCCCUCAAGGCUGGAAUCGACUCACCCAGAAGCUCACCGUCGGCGAGUGGUAGCAGCAGGAGGAGGAGUGGCGGAGGGAUGCUAUCGUCGCCGCUCUCCCAGCGAGGUGGGUCCAGCAGCUAUGGUUUGGGCGAGCAUGCCGAAAAAAGCAAAAAUCCAAUCUGUGUGACAGGAGGGGAAAGGACGAAGGAACAAUCAGUUCCACCAGGCUUUCGACCGUUGGAAGGAGGAGUUGGAGGAAGGGAGAAGCAAGAUGUCAACAUCACAAAGGGAAGGGAGAGUUGCAGGUAUAGGUCUAGUAUGGGGGCAAGGGACAUCUCCAGUGACUUGGAGGAAGCAGCGGCGGCGAUGGAGGCCAACCUAAGCCUAGGGGAAGAUGGAAGUGGGAAAGGAGGAAGAGGCCGAGAUGGUGUAGUGGAGACAGGCCUGUCUUUGGGCCCAACUGAGGGCUGCUAUGAAGCCCAUAAUACCCAAUCAUAUGAUUUAAGGUACUUCCAUGACCAGUCCAGAAUGGAGGGAGAGAUGGAUCGGGCCAAUAAAAAAAGGAAGGGAACAGAUCACAAAGAGGCCGAAAUUGCUUGGGAUUUAAAUGGGGGAGGCAGAUUUUCUCAAGAAGCCCAUAGCUCAAGCAUAUCUGAUGGGGUGGCAAACAGAGUGAGGAGGAAGAAAAAUACAAAAGGAAGCAAAAGGGUAGCAGAAAAGGGGGCAAGCAUAUCAAAGGAAGGAAUCUAUCUUGGAGAAGAAGGAGGAGCAAUGGCAGCGGUGGUUCGCCAGAAGCCACCUCACGAGCCAUGA